AUAAAUAUAUAAAGGGCACGCAACUUCAAAAUCAAAACCCUCCCUAUAUUCGUUUGAAUACAUCGCUCUAAUUUUUCGGAUUUUGUAUCUUGAAUCGUAAUGGCAUCAUCUGCAGCUCUCAAGAGAUGGCUCAGGCCCGAGGUGUAUCCGUUGUUCGCCGCCGUCGGAGUGGCGGUGGGGAUCUGCGGAAUGCAAUUGGUUCGUAACAUCUGCACGAAUCCUGAAGUCAGGGUGAAUAAGGAAAACAGAGCUGCUGGUAUUUUGGAUAAUCAUGUGGAAGGGGAAAAGUACUCUCAACAUUUUCUUAGGAAGUAUGUCCGUAACAAGUCCCCCGAGAUCAUGCCUAACAUCAAUGGCUUCUUCUCUGACCCCAAAUAUUGAUCGAUUACUGAUGAAAUACAAUUGUUUUGAAGUUAUCAAGAUACAACAAAUGACAGAAUUGCAUUUUUUUGGCUCUGAUUGAGCACACAAAUAAAAGAACCAAUAUAUACUUUUCACAACAAUUCAUGAAUGAUUUGGGUUAAAUCUUUCCCCUUUUAUAUUAUUGAGCAUUCUUAUGGUUCA